UAUUCAUGUUGUUUUUCGUCCUGCGAUGUCUGAAGUCAGGACGUGUGAACCGUUUGAGCUUUACAACCUCCUCAACCAGUGCAGGGCUGUGUCGAGACUGGCAGACAUCAACUACCUCUGUUUGGUUGAUGCACGUGAAAUUCAAGAUUACAACACGAGUCACAUCAUAACAGCAAAGAGUGUGAAAAUGGAUUCAGAUGGUAAAUUCCUCCUGCCAGUGGCUGUGGAGGUGGACACUAUGCAGCACGUGGUCGUCUACGACAGUAACACAAGCUGUUUGCAGGAAAAUGGCAGAGCAGCGGAAUGUGCUCAGGUCCUGGCUCAAGCGAGUCUCUGUCCGGUCAACAUAAUAAGAGGAGGCUUUCAGAGGUUCUCAGCUCUGUACCCAUUCUUAAGGACAGAGAAAAUGAUGUACACCAUCAUGGAGUUGGAAAACCUGAAGACUUAUCCAGUGGAGAUCAUAGCAGGGCAGCUGUAUAUGGGUGACAUGAAACAGGGCGUGGACUCCAGUAUCCUCACAGACCUGAAAAUCAGCACCAUCAUCAGCAUCUCACAGACUGACACUCUGGAGUCCAUGAAGGGGAACCAGGCCAUUCUUAACAUCCCUGUGGCUAAUUCAGUGCUCUCUGAUUUGUAUUCAAGUUUUGAAAGGAUUUGCAGUUUUAUUGGGUCACACAUGAACAUGGACUCUCGUGUCCUAGUAGUUUCCAGACAGGGCAGAAGCCGCUGCAGCGCUGUUAUCAUUGCCUUUGUCAUGCAGCACCUCAAAUACACACUGGAGGAGGCCUGGAAGUAUCUGCUGAAAUGUAAACCCAGCAUGAGGCCAAACACAGGCUUUCUACAGCAGCUGUCUGACUGGGAGCUUCACACCAUGGGAACUAAAGUGACUGACAUCUCUGAACCUCUUUUUUAACUAG